GCCCAGCCUGCCGUUUGCAGCAGCACUCGGGUUGGACCACAACCAACAUGUCGCGCUACUGGAGACUUCUGAUCGUUGUUGCCGCUUUCCUUCAGUUCCUGGUAUCCGUCGGUCCCUCGUACAACUACAGCGUCUUUUUGAUACCACUGCAGACUGAGUUUAAGACCAGUGCUGUUUCCACAGGAUGGGUGGGCUCGUUGGCCUCCGCUAUGCUGUGUGGUCUCUCCCCGUUGACGGCCGCCCUUGGCUGGAAGAUCGGCAACGGACGCGUGGUUUGCUUUGGCGUUAUUCUGACGGCGGCCGGAUACCUAGCCACUUCCUUCAUUUCUUCGCUGGCCCCAGCCUACCUGACGUACGGCAUGAUCACGGGGCUGGGCAAGUGUUUCAUGUUCUGUGGGUCUACCAGUGUGCUGGUGGAGUGGUACCAGGGCCGAGGGGACACCUGCCGGGUAACAGGGGGCACAGUGAUUGGAUCCUCCGUUGGUGUGAUGGUUUUUGGGCCUGUCCUCAAUUCUCUCACCGCGUCUUACGGAUGGAGGAAUACCUUCCGCAUCCUCAGCGGUAUCACGCUGGCUGUCGGACUGCUGACGGCCCUGCCAUUCCUCAAGCCCGCAGAGAAAGAACCGACGAGCGAUCAAGGCGACAGCUCCGGAAAAAAGGUUCCGGAGGAGUCCAGCAAAUGCGACCAGGGCCGAGGCGCUAGCGGUGUGUUGUCAAGCGGCUCGGACUCGGCAAGCUGUGUCCCCCGUCGCGGUGGGAGUCUGAAGUCGUUUUGCGAGAAAGUGUUGAAUAUCGAGGUGUGGCUGUGGGUGUCAUCCAUCACCACCGCUCAGCUCGGCUGGACCUUUGCCAUUAUCAACUUCUCGAGUUUUAUGGACGGGAUCGGGCUGGCUACCCAGGAGGUAUCGAUAGCUCUGACGGUUUUUGGAGCGGCGGAGGUCGGGGGCAAACUAGCUUUUGCCGUGUUUGGGGACCGUCUGCCGUGCCUGAAGCUGUACGUAGCAGUGGCUAGCUCCGGCGGAGGAGCUCUUGUGUCGGGUUUCCUGACACUCUGUUCGGCGUUCUGGAGCAUAGUCGUCUUAUCAGUCGUUUGGGGCUUCUGUCGCGGAGUCCUCUAUGGCCUUACCUACGUAGCAGCGGCUGAGUUGUUUACAAAUUACAGUCCUCGCACCAUUGUCGCCAUUUCUGUGCUCGGGUACGGAACAGGCGUAUUGAUUGGCUCGCCAUUAACAGGUGCUUUCUACGACUUGACGGGCGACUACACCUUGAGCCUGUUUGUGGUAGUGGCCAGUUUCGUCACGUCGGUGCUGUGCGCGCUGUCUAUCCCCCUCAAGAGGGCGCUCGUGUCCCGGGUGCCAUGCUGCCGAAGACCAGUGGAUGAUGUCAAUAACAACUACCAAGGCAAUAGCACGAAGGUUCCGCCUGUGGAGGAUAUCAAACAUCGCAGUGUGGGGACCUACAACCCUGCGUAUGAAAUGGAAAUCUGAUUUUAAAAACAACCCGGAGAUCGUGCGUAAUGGUUGUAAGUAUAAUGUCUCCCGAAGGUACUGAUUAGAGGUAGUUUAGCAUUCAAUUCUCUGCUAAUCCCAGUUCUAAACCCUUGGUUAGGGAUUUUUGGGGUAGAGUGGGGGUAGGGGAUGGGGGUGUGGCUACGUGGGUGGAUAUUUGUGUGUUUGGUGGGAUAGCAUAGACCUGUAACGUAAUGACGUCACGCUUUGUUUAUAUGUGCGCAAUUCUGUGACAGUGAGGUGGGAAGUGAUCCACGGAGCCCCCAUAAGAAGGCGCACAUAUUAACAAAGCAUGGUGUCAUUAUGUUUUAGGCCCAUGAGGAAAUCAUGGUGGAAUAUAAUGGGGGCUGGGUAGGGGGAGGUGAAAAUUUCUUAUUGUAUGGGGGGCUGGGGAUUUGUCUGCGUGGGGUGGGGAUUUAUUUGGUGGUUAGAUCAAGGUUUUCAUUCGUAUUACAUGUACACGUAUAUACCGUGCAUGUAAUGUUUGCGCACAGUCGUUUGAGUCUUUUGUCUUCUGUAGAAUCAAACAAGCUUCAAUUCCAAUAAGGGCUCAGUCCAACCUUUGCGUACUAGUUGGGUGGAAUGAGGUACGAUAGUGAUGUUGGAUGGGGUUCUGCCUGGGUAGGGUGGGAAUUGAUUUGAUUGGGAUGGAAAGGAGAUAUCGUGGAGCGCAAUGGGGAAAAGGUGGGAUGAGGUGGCAUUUUGUUAGU